GGUGCCGCCGCCCCCCGCGCAGCCCCUAGAGUCGGUCCCCUUCUGGGGCAGCUCCUGGAGAAAGUUGGGAGGAGAAGAAGCCACGGGGCGCUGGAUCUGACCCUGCUCCCUGAUCUCGCCGCCGACCGCCUGGCCAGGUCUUGCCCUGGGUUUCCAAAGGAUCCGGAGCCCUAUAGCGUGGUGGCUUUGGCCUCCCAAGGGUGCGACCCAACAUGGGUGCUGCUCCGAGGAACGCCGGCCCGGUGGCGGGGAUCCUGCUGCAGCUGGUCUGCUCCUGCUUGGGGAUCAGCUCCAUCGACAUUGACCGGCCGGGGGACGGGAGGUGCCAGCCCAUCGAGAUCCCCAUGUGCAAGGACAUCGGCUACAACAUGACCCGGAUGCCCAACCUCAUGGGCCACGAGGACCAGCGCGAGGCGGCCAUCCAGCUCCACGAGUUCGCCCCCUUGGUGGAGUACGGCUGCCACGGCCACCUCAAGUUCUUCCUCUGCUCCUUGUACGCCCCCAUGUGCACCGAGCAGGUCUCGACCCCCAUCCCGGCCUGCCGGGUCAUGUGCGAGCAAGCCCGGCUCAAGUGCUCGCCCAUCAUGGAGCAGUUCACCUUCCGCUGGCCGGACUCCCUGGACUGCCGGAAGCUGCCCAACAAAAACGACCCCAACUACCUCUGCAUGGAGGCCCCCAACAACGGGUCCGAGGAGCCCCCCCGGGGGUCCAGCAUGCUGCCCCCCAUGUUCCGGCCCCAGAGGCCUCCCAGCGCCGGCCACGACCUCCCACCCCACCCCUGGGACGGACCGGGACGGGCCGCCUGCGAGAACCCGGGCAAGUUCCACCACGUAGAGAAGAGCGCUUCUUGCGCGCCGCUCUGCACCCCCGGGGUGGACGUCUACUGGAGCCGAGAGGACAAGAAGUUCGCCUUCGCCGUGGUCUGGAUCGCCGUCUGGUCCGUCCUCUGCUUCUUCUCCAGCGCCUUCACCGUCCUCACCUUCCUGAUCCACCCCCAGCGCUUCAAGUACCCUGAGAGGCCCAUCAUCUUCUUGUCCAUGUGCUACUGCGUCUACUCGGUGGGCUACAUCAUCCGCCUCUUCUCCGGGGCCGAGAGCAUCGCCUGCGACCGAGACAGCGGCCAACUCUACGUCAUCCAGGAAGGUCUGGAGAGCACCGGUUGCACCUUGGUCUUCCUCGUCCUCUAUUACUUCGGCAUGGCCAGCUCCUUGUGGUGGGUCAUCUUGACGUUGACGUGGUUCCUUGCCGCCGGGAAGAAGUGGGGCCACGAGGCCAUCGAAGCCAACAGCAGCUACUUCCACCUGGCGGCGUGGGCCAUCCCGGCGGUGAAGACCAUCAUGAUCCUGGUGAUGCGGAGGGUGGCCGGGGACGAGCUGACGGGCUUGUGCUACGUGGGGAGCAUGGACGUGAACGCUCUGACCGGGUUCGUCCUGGUCCCCUUGGCUUGCUAUCUCAUCAUCGGCACAUCCUUCAUCCUCUCCGGCUUCGUGGCCCUCUUCCACAUCCGUCGGGUGAUGAAGACGGGCGGGGAGAACACCGACAAGCUGGAGAAGCUCAUGGUGAGGAUCGGGGUCUUCUCGGUGCUGUACACGGUGCCCGCCACUUGCGUGAUCGCCUGCUACUUCUACGAGCGCCUGAACAUGGAGUACUGGAAGCUGUUGGCCAUGCAGCGGAAGUGCAAGGCAGACGGCCACCAGGGCAAACACGUGGACUGCACCAUGAGCGACUCCAUCCCGGCCGUGGAGAUCUUCAUGGUCAAAGUCUUCAUGCUGCUGGUGGUUGGGAUCACCAGUGGGAUGUGGAUCUGGACGUCGAAAACCCUCCAGUCCUGGCAGAGCGUCUGCAGCCGGAGACUUAAGAAGAGGACUAGGAGGAAGCCGGCCAGUGUGAUAGCCGGUGGCGGGUUGUACAAAAAAGCACAACAUCUGCCUAAGGGUCACCCGGCCAAGUACGAGCCUACUGCGCAACCUCCUACUUGUGUGUGACUGAUAUGUAUGGAUCAUUAGGUGAUUUUUUUAAAAAAAGGAAAUACACACACACACACACAAUGGUGUAACCCACCUAAGGAGGCUCACGGGGUUCCGGAGUUGUGCUUGGGACUAAUGGUGGUAGCUAAUAAAAUUGUGGGUUUUCUUUAACAACGUUGUUGUGUCAGAGAAGGGGGGAAAAAACUGAAAGUGAAAAUUCAAACGCUGGAUUCAGGAUCUGGAGGAAAUAAACAGAAAGGUUGGGCGUACCUAGAGGGGGGGAAAAGUUUUUCGAGCACAGAAAUGCCGGUCCUAACUACUUCCGCCGUCAACUUUAUUUCGACUAAUUUGUUUUAAAAGAACGGAGGGUUUCUGCCCCCCCUCCGGUCCUCACUAGGCUUAAAAACCGGGUGUAAUUAUUUGUGUACAUACUAAAAAUUUGGUCUGCCUUUAGAUUCCUUAACGAGGUAGAGGUAGGAUUUAUAGAGUGAUGAUUUAAAAAAAAAACAAGGAAGGGAGACUUGAAAGAGGUUGGUGUCCUUUUCGUUUAUUUGAAGACAAGAAAGCCUUAAGUUCAAACGACACCCCGGCUUUGAAAACAACUUCUGUUCUAACUUAAAGAGAUCCUUUCACCAAACGGCGCAGGAUCCCUGAGAAAAAAAAACAGGUUCAAUCCGAAAGGCUCGCCCCUUGCUUAAAAAAAAUAAUCGUAAGAGGAGAAUGUAGCCUUCUGCCUUCCCAGUGGGUGCAAAAAAAAUAUAAAAUAACGUGCAAUACAAUUUCUCUCCCCCCUCUCUCGUCAGCAGCCGCAUCCUUACAAGGACAUAAAAUGAGAAACAAGUAUAUAUAUAUAUAUUUGUGAUACAUAAAAGACACAAAAAGGAUUGUGCCACAAAAGAACCGAGAGAGGUCUUUCUCGCGUUUAUGUUUUGCGGCUUUUUAAUGGAAAUCAGACAAGUUUUGGGCUGAUUUGUAGAAAGGGGGAGAGGGACCCAUUGAAGAAAAGAGUGAAAGCAGCUUAUUGACUCUUUCCAUUGUUAAACAAAUGCUGAGGCUGAAUAGAUCAAGAAGCGCUCAGUUUUAUUUUUAUUCCGGACCCCCCUUUUUUUUUACUCCUUCCUCGGAAAGGAAAAGGGGGUUCACGACUACGAAGGGAAGGCACAAAUGUACACGUGUGGGUGUGGGCGCGAGAGA